AUGGACGGGCACGUCCGGCGGCUGCUGAACCGCGUGGCGAUCGCCCUGGCGGCCGUGGCCACGGCCGCCCUGAUGCACCUGUUCCGCCACUCAUCCACCUUCUGCUUCACCAGCUCGCCCGCCUACUCGUCCCUCUCGCUGGCGCCCUUCCCCCGCACCUCUUGCGACGCCGCAUCCCGCCGCGUCGUCGACCCCGACCUCCGCCUGGCCAAGCUCCGAUCCGCCCCGCGCUGGCGACGUCACAAUGCGGCCCUCUCCGCGUCGCUGGUCGAACCUCUCCGGCGCCUGCGCCUCCUAGGCAACUCCUCCCGCGUUCUCUGCAUCGCCGCCGGCGCGGGGCAAGCAGUGGACGCGCUCCGCGUGGCCGGCGUGGGGGACGUCACCGGCGUUGAUCUCGUUGACUUCCCUCCCCUCGUGCGCCGCGCAGACCCGCACAACCUGCCGUUCUUCGAUGACGCCUUCGACCUCGUGCUCUCAGACGACCCGGCGGCGCUCACGGGCGCGCUCUUCCCGUCAAGGUUCGCGGCUGAGAUCGAGCGCACCGUCCGCCGAGGUGGCGCAAUUGCGCUCGCCGUCGAUCGACACAUCAGUCUCUCAAUCAUCGCCACCCUCUUCAAAAAGUCACGCGUCGUCGAUGUGAGGAAUACUAGCUUGAAUGGCUCCUCGUCCAGCAUAGUAAUCCUGAGCACCAAUGCGGAGCGCCACUGA